CUCUUCUUCUUCUUCUUUCUUGAUCAAUCUGAUUCUAUCUCGAAUUCAAUCUCUCUCCUCACCGGAAUGGGAUUUUUCGGCACUGUCUUUGGAAUUCUCGGGUUCGGAAUCGGUCUUCCUCUCGGAAUAUUCAUCGGAUUCUUCAUCUUCGUCUACUCUGAGACUAAAGAUGUUAAGGAACCAGUUACGAGGCCUCUAUGUGAGUUGGACACAACUUCUUUGCAAGAUCUAAUGCCUGAAAUUCCAUUGUGGGUGAAAACUCCUGAUUAUGAUCGAGUGGAUUGGUUAAACAAGUUUUUAUUGGCCAUGUGGCCUUACCUUGAUAAGGCAAUUUGUGGUAGUAUAAGAGCCAUUGCCAAACCUGUAUUUUCAGAAUACAUAGGGAAGUUUCAGAUCGAAGCUAUUGAGCUUGAGCAGCUAAGCCUUGGAACUCUUCCUCCAAAGUUUCAUGGUCUAAAAGUGUAUGAAACAAAUGAGAAUAAACUGCUAAUGGAACCAGCAAUCAGAUGGGCUGGCAAUCCCAACAUUGUAAUGGUGGUGAAUAUAUUGUCUCUCCGGAUCAAAGUUCAGAUAGUGGAUCUCCAGAUAUUUGCAACGCCACGGUUGGCUUUGAAGCCUCUUGUGCCUACUUUUCCUUGUUUUGCAACUAUUGUAGCAUCUUUAAUGGAGAAACCACAAAUAGACUUUGGAUUGAAGAUAAUGGGAGGAGACAUCAUGUCUAUACCUGGCUUUUAUCGAUUUAUUCAGGAUAAAAUUAAGAGACAAGUUUCAAGCCUCUACCUCUGGCCUCGGAUUCUUGAAAUUCCUGUUCUUGAUCCUUCGAUAUUGGCCACAAGAAAGCCUGUAGGCAUAUUGCAUGUGAAGGUUGUACGUGCAUCAAAACUCUUGAAGAUGGAUAUUUUGGGAACAUCUGAUCCAUAUGUGAAACUUAUGCUGAGUGGCGGGGGGUUACCUGCUAAGAAAACAAGUAUCAAGAUGAGGAACUUGAAUCCUGUGUGGAAUGAGAAGUUCAAGCUUAUUGUGAAUGAUCCCAAGUCUCAAGUUCUUCAGCUACAAGUCUAUGACUGGGACAAGGUUGGUGGCCAUGAUAGAUUGGGAAUGCAAUUAGUUCCUCUAAAGCUGCUUACACCCUAUGAGACCAAGGACCUCGUGCUUGAUUUGCUCAAGAACACAAAUAUCAAUGAUCACCAAAACAAGAAGCCCAGAGGAAAACUUGUAGUUGAGCUCAUGUUUACUCCUUUCAGAGAAGAAAGCAUGAAAUAUCUUGAAAACUCAAUCGGUGAGGUGAAGAGUGAAGGCAGAAGCAAUGGUCAGCCAGAGAAUCAGACAUCGGGUGGAGCAGGUGUAUUAUCUGUGACGAUCCAGGGAGCUCAAGAUGUCGAAGGGGAGAAGCACAAUAAUCCUUACGCUGUUAUACACUUCAGAGGAGAGAGGAAGAAAACGAAUAUGAUCAAGAAAACUCGCGACCCCUCAUGGAAUGAAGAAUUCCCAUAUAUGCUGGAGGAACCUCCAAUUCGAGAAAAGAUCCAUAUUGAAGUUAUGAGCAAACGGAAUGUCUUCAGUUUUCUGCAAAAGGAAUCAUUGGGACACGUGGAAAUCAAUCUCGACGAUGUUGUAAACAACGGGAGGAUAAAUGAGAAGUACAAUCUAAUCAACUCAAAGAACGGAAAGAUUCACGUAGAAGUGAUAUGGACAAUGGCUUAAGAAUUGAGUGAUACAAAUUUGUAUGUACAGAGUGUGAAGUGUAGCCGUGUAUGAAAGCUCUUACAGAAUCAUUUAUCAGCUGUGAAAAAAAUAAUAAAACUUGUAACUCAACUUUCCAAUCAAUUAUAUUUCAAGAAAUUGCAAAAUAGCUUGUUUGUUAAAAGG